CGGUAUAAAGGCACGCGCGAGCGCGCGGCGGGCGCCGCCGGACCCGGAGCACAGCUGCGCGCGGGGCGCCUUCUGCGGUUGAUCGAUUUUGUUUCUCAUUCUCAUUUCACAGUACAAAACCAAACGCAAGCGAACCCAGCAAGGAUGUCGAAAGGUCCAGCAGUGGGCAUCGACCUGGGUACCACCUACUCCUGCGUGGGAAUCUUCCAGCAUGGCAAAGUGGAAAUCAUCGCCAACGACCAGGGAAACCGCACCACGCCCAGCUACGUGGCCUUCACAGACACCGAGAGGCUGAUCGGAGACGCCGCCAAGAACCAAGUGGCCAUGAACCCAAGCAACACCGUCUUCGAUGCGAAGCGCCUGAUUGGCCGGCGGUUCGAUGACCCGGUGGUCCAGUCGGACAUGAAGCACUGGCCCUUCAAGGUGAUCAGCGACAGCGGGCGGCCCAAGAUGCAGGUGGAGUACAAGGGCGAGACGAAGACCUUCUACCCUGAAGAGGUGUCGUCCAUGGUGCUCACCAAGAUGAAGGAGAUCGCCGAGGCCUACCUGGGCAAGGUAACUGAGAUCCUUCCCUCCGUCUGUCCAUCUUCCAGCUGCUUCCUCCAAUUCGGGGUCACAGUGAGGGGGAGCUGCAGCCUGCCCCAGGAAGCAGCAGGCACAAGGAGGGGUACACCCAGUGGGCCACUGGGCGGCGAGGACUUCGACAACCGCAUGGUCAACCACUUCAUCGGCGAGUUCAAGCGCAAGUUCAAGAAGGACAUCACGGACAACAAGAGGGCCGUGCGGCGGCUGCGGACGGCCUGUGAGAGGGCCAAGCGCACCCUGUCGUCCAGCACGCAGGCCAGCAUCGAGAUCGACUCGCUGUACGAGGGCGCCGACUUCUACACCUCCAUCACCCGGGCGCGCUUCGAGGAGCUGAACGCCGACCUGUUCCGCGGCACGCUGGAGCCCGUGGAGAAGGCCCUUCGCGACGCCAAGCUGGACAAGGCCCAGAUCCACGACAUCGUGCUGGUGGGUGGCUCCACCCGCAUCCCCAAGAUCCAGAAGCUGCUGCAGGACUUCUUCAACGGCCGGGACCUGAACAAGAGCAUCAACCCGGACGAGGCGGUGGCGUACGGAGCCGCGGUCCAGGCGGCGAUCCUGGCGGGAGACAAGUCGGAGAACGUGCAGGACCUGCUGCUGCUCGACGUCACGCCGCUGUCGCUGGGCAUCGAGACGGCAGGGGGCGUGAUGACCGUGCUGAUCAAGAGGAACACCACCAUCCCCACCAAGCAGACCCAGACCUUCACCACCUACUCCGACAACCAGCCCGGCGUGCUCAUCCAGGUCUUCGAGGGCGAGAGGGCCAUGACCAAGGACAACAACCUGCUGGGCAAGUUCGAGCUGACGGGGAUCCCCCCGGCCCCCCGCGGGGUCCCUCAGAUCGAGGUGACCUUCGACAUCGACGCCAACGGCAUCCUCAACGUCUCGGCCGUGGACAAGAGCACGGGGAAGGAGAACAAGAUCACCAUCACCAACGACAAGGGCCGGCUGAGCAAGGAGGAG